AAGUGGGGGCCUAGACCCUGGGAGGCAGGGGACCGCAAGCUGGGCCGGCGGCGGGUGCAGAGGUGCAGAAGCAAGAGCACCCAAGUUGGCUGGCAGCCUCAGUGGAACCAGAGGACAUUCCCCACUCAGGGAGAUUGAGCUGUCGCUCACUUGCUGCACAAAAUGAUAUUCCUCACGGCACUGCCGCUGUUUUGGAUUAUGAUUUCAGCCUCCCGCGGGGGUCACUGGGGGGCCUGGAUGCCCUCGUCCAUCUCAGCCUUCGAGGGCACCUGCGUCUCCAUCCCCUGCCGCUUCGACUUCCCCGACGAGCUGCGGCCUGCGGUCGUGCACGGCGUCUGGUACUUCAAUAGCCCCUACCCCAAGAACUACCCCCCGGUGGUCUUCAAGUCACGCACCCAAGUCGUCCACGAGAGCUUCCAGGGCCGCAGCCGCCUCCUGGGGGACCUGGGCCUGCGCAACUGCACCCUCCUGCUCAGCAGCGUCAGCCCCGAGCUGGGCGGCAAGUACUACUUCCGUGGGGACCUGGGGGGCUACAACCAGUACACCUUCUCCGAGCACAGCGUCCUGGACGUCAUCAACACCCCCAACAUCGUGGUGCCCCCGGAGGUGGUGGCAGGCACGGAGGUGGAGGUCAGCUGCCUGGUGCCAGACAACUGCCCAGAGCUGCGCCCAGAGCUGAGCUGGCUGGGCCACGAAGGGCUGGGCGAGCCGGCGGUGCUGGGUCGGCUGCGGGAGGAUGAGGGCACCUGGGUGCAGGUGUCGCUGCUGCACUUUGUGCCCACCAGGGAGGCCAACGGCCACCGGCUGGGCUGCCAGGCCUCCUUCCCCAACACCACCCUGCAGUUCGAGGGCUACGCCAGCCUGGACGUCAAGUACCCCCCGGUGAUCGUGGAGAUGAACUCGUCGGUGGAGGCCAUCGACGGCUCCCACGUCAGCCUGCUCUGCGGGGCUGACAGCAACCCCCUGCCGCUGCUGACCUGGAUGCGGGACGGGACGGUGCUGCGGGAGGCCGUGGCCGAGAGCCUGCUGCUGGAGCUGGACGAGGUGACCCCCGAGGAGGACGGUGUCUACGCCUGCCUGGCAGAGAAUGCCUACGGUCAGGACAACCGCACCGUGGAGCUCAGCGUCAUGUAUGCACCCUGGAAGCCGACGGUGAACGGGACAAUGGUGGCCGUGGAGGGGGAGACGGUCUCCAUCUUGUGCUCUACACAGAGCAACCCGGACCCUAUUCUCACCAUCUUCAAGGAGAAGCAGAUCCUGGCCACCGUCAUCUACGAGAGCGAACUGCAGCUGGAGCUGCCGGCAGUGAAGCCUGAGGACGACGGGGAGUACUGGUGUGUGGCUGAGAACCAGUACGGCCAGAGGGCCACUGCCUUCAACCUGUCUGUGGAGUUCGCCCCCGUGAUCCUCCUGGAGUCGCACUGUGCGGCGGCCCGAGACACGGUGCAGUGCCUGUGCGUGGUGAAGUCCAACCCGGAGCCGUCUGUGGCCUUUGAGCUGCCGUCGCGCAACGUGACCGUGAACGAGACGGAGCGGGAGUUCGUGUACUCGGAGCGCAGCGGCCUCCUGCUCACCAGCAUCCUCACGCUGCGCGGCCAGGCCCAGGCCCCGCCCCGGGUCAUCUGCACCUCCAGGAACCUCUACGGCACCAAGAGCCUGGAGCUGCCCUUCCAGGGAGCCCACCGGCUGAUGUGGGCCAAGAUUGGGCCCGUGGGAGCCGUGGUCGCCUUCGCCAUCCUGAUUGCCAUCGUCUGCUACAUCACCCAGACGCGCAGGAAAAAGAAUGUGACAGAGAGCCCCAGCUUCUCGGCAGGGGACAACCCCCCCGUCCUGUUCAGCAGUGACUUCCGCAUCUCUGGGGCACCGGAGAAGUACGAGAGUGAGAGGCGCCUGGGGUCUGAGAGGAGGCUGCUGGGCCUUCGGGGGGAGCCCCCGGAGCUGGACCUGAGCUACUCCCACUCGGACCUGGGAAAACGACCCACCAAGGACAGCUACACUCUGACGGAGGAGCUAGCUGAGUAUGCUGAAAUCCGCGUCAAGUGACGGAGCUGGGGGCAGCCCGUGUGGCCACCCCCCCCUCAGGACCCUCGCUGGCCCCCACUGGCUGCGGGCUCCCUUCCUCCCUAAAGUAGCAGGGGGCGGGGCAGGAAGGGGCUGGGGCAGGUGCCAGUGAGGUCCUGGGGCCUGGCCUCCCCUCCUUCCCAGCCCUCCCUGCCGGCACCCACACCCCACCACAGCUCCCCUCCAACCUCCUUUAACCUCGUCUGUCUGGAGGGGAGCUCGUCUGUCCAUGUUAUUUAUUGCUGCCCCUGCCUGGUCACCUGCCCCCACACCUGGCCCCAGGGCCUUUACACAAGGGACAUGAAAUAAAUGCCCCGAAGCCAAA